UCAUUGGUUGUUUCCAGGCCGUUUAUCCAAUCCUGCUUUCCUUUACAAACGCAGCAAUAUCAUCAAUGAACCGUAAAUGUGAUAUAUAUGUGACCAUUCAUUCAGCUGGGGAUGCAAUCAUUUCGGUCAACUUCUGCCUGUGUUCGAAGCAUCAGAACAGCACAAAGUGGAAUACAGCAUUAUUGUCGCAGUAUGGGUGAUGUUGUGACUGAGAGGCCUGUUGAAACCUCCAUCAAAAAGAAGCUAGCAGAUGCCUUCCAGCCAGAUGUCCUCGAGGUCAUCAAUGAAAGCCAUAUGCACAAUGUUCCCAAAGGGUCAGAGAGCCAUUUCAAAGUUUUGGUCGUGUCGGAAAAGUUUUCAAAUCAACCUCUCAUUAAGCGGCAUCGGAUGGUGAAUGAAACUCUGCAGGAGGAACUGAAGACCCAGAUUCAUGCUCUCUCUAUUCAUGCCAAGACCCCUGAGCAGUGGAACACGUCAGAACAGAAGAUAGGCCAGUCCCCACCUUGCCGUGGUGGGGCGGGGCUCUGAUGCCAUGCAGGGUGGGGUGGGGCGGGGCUCUGAUGCCAUGCAGGGGCCCUGGAGGUUGUAGGGGUGGGCAAUAGAUUUCCAGUCAUUAUAUCAUGGCAUACAUGAUUUUGUCAAAUUUCUUGGGUCUGUCUGUGAUAAUUUAUGUAUAGAGAGUUUGGAUAUGAUAGAGUAUGAUAAUAAAUAUAUGAAAGUGUACUUCUUACAUCUUUGCAUCAAUUGUUAUGCAGAAUAAACUUAAACUAAACAGACCCAUGAAGAUCCGGGGUAGAACAGGUCUUCACAAAACUGAUGCUUGUUGUACGAGGCGACUAUGCUUGUU